AUGGCUGAGGCGGGAAAUGUGGCCUCUGGCCUCGGGCUUCCAGGAGAAGUCUCCCAGUGGCCUCUCAAGCGCUAUGGUCGCUUCAUGCUUUUGGACAAUCCCGAGUCCCCGGGGCCUAGCUCCGAAGCUGAGGCAGCGCACUCGCCCACGUGGAAGGUUUUUGAAUCCAGUGAAGAAUCUGGGUGUCUUGUUCUCACGAUCGUUGUAUCAGGCCACUUCUUCAUCUCCCAAGGGCAGACGCUGCUGGAAGGGUUUUCGCUCAUUGGCAGCAAGAGCUGGCUGAAGAUUGUAAGACGAAUGGACUGUCUUCUGUUUGGAACAACAAUAAAGAACAAGAGCCGAAUGUUUCGCAUUCAGUUCAGUGGGGAGUCCAAGGAGGCGGCGCUGGAGCACUGCUGUGGCUGUGUGCAGAGCCUGGCCCAGUACGUCACCGUUCAGGAGCCUGACAGCACUACCCAGGAGCUUCAGAAGAGCCCAGGCCCACGGGAGGCAGGUGAAAGCCAAGGGAAGGACCCACUGCAGCAGGGGGUGAGUGCUCAUAAUGCUGAUCGCCAAGCCAUUGAGCACAAGCACAGCCCACAGCAACACCUGUGUAUGGCAGCUGGGACAGGUUCUCUACAGGAAAGGACUUCAGUGACACAUCUAGCUCAGUCUAUCCUGGCACCAGAGAAGCUGACCCUAGCUUAUGAAGGAUCUUCAUGGGGAACAGAAGAAUUGGGCCCUUUUCUACGCUUAUGCCUCAUGGAUCAAAACUUCCCAGCAUUUGUGGAAGAGGUGGAGAAGGAACUUAAAAAGAUCACAGGAUUGAAAAACUAAAGCCCUACACACAAUUAAGGAAUUGAAGGUAUCUGAAUAAAGAGUAUUAUUCCAA